CUAGAAAGAUAAUUAAAGAUUUGGACAGUGUACUUCACACCAGAAUCGGAAGUAAAUUGUUGAACAAACGUCAGUGGGUGAGGAAGCGGCUGUCCCCUUGCGAGGCUGCUCUCUUCCUCUAGCAAGAUGGCUGCGCCCCGCCCCUCACCCCGCCCCCUCAACGGUUUCCGUGUCACGUGGCCAUCGCAGCAUGGCGGCGCCCACGAUCGACGGCAUGGCCCGCUGAUUUACACUGCCCGCGCCAGUUCUUCACCAUCGGCAACAGCAGCGGCGGCGGGGGUGGUUUAUCUAUCCACUGCUGGAUGAAGGCCUAUUCACUUCCUCCGUCCCCCCCCCACGCCGUUCCCUUCCGUCACGGCAGAGUGAUUGCUACGAUCGCGUCCGCACAAGAAUCCGGCCCUCGCCGCAUCUCGGCGGGCCUGUGUCGUCCUUCGUCUUGUGCGCGUUCUCUCGCCCUCCCCUUGUGGCGGCCAAAUCCACGCUUCAUUUCAGCCGCCGUUGACGUUCGCUCCUUCGUAGCGUUCUCCGCCUGCCUCGCGCGGUGCAAGCAUGGGGAGGUACAAGGACAGAAGCGUCGACACGUCCCACAGCGGACCCAAGAAGAACAUUAUAAACAAGGGCGGUUGCGGGAAGAAGACGCGGGCCCCGCGCUUCACGGACGAGCAGGGCAUCCCCGCGAAGCUGCGGGAGAUCAUGGAGAACCAGCGGCGCAUGAAGGACAAGCGACACAACCGCAACAGACAAGACGCCCGCGUGGGCCUCGUGGGGACGCACGUGGAGGCUGGCGCGCAGCCGACCCGGGGCACGGCCGUCACGGGGGAGCCCGCCGUGCCGCGCUUCCGCCGACGCCGGGGAGAGUCGGAGAGCACCUUCGUGUGGCGCAUGAACUGUGCCGCCGAGCAGGUGAGGGACGUGUGCCGGGCCAUGCCGGACCGUCAGCCGGAGGUGAACGUGAAGAUGGACAAGCGUGGACGCGUGGUGGAGGGGGGCGGCGGGUCGGGCUCAGGGGGAGGGGAUAAGGGCGCCAAGACCUCGGUCAAGUCAGAGGCCAAGCUCAGGUACAACCAGAAGAAGCUCGGCAAGUUCGUCAACAAGCGCCGAAAAAAGCAAGAGAAGCUGCAAGAGAUGGCGAAGUACACAGAUCCCGUCCGGUUCGGGGAGGUCGUCAUGGAGCCUCCGAGUCUCACGGCCAAACCACGGAAGUGUCCGGCCCAGAGCAAGGCUGGCGAGAAGAAGCUGCUGUUGCGGUCACUGAUGGUCCCCACGGAGGGGCCCGGCGGGGUGAGCGGCGCGGGCGGCGGCGGCGGCGGCGGCGGGACAGCGGCACCCAAGCCCUCCAUGGCCCGCCAGCGCAUCGUGGAGGAGGAGCGGGAGCGAGUGGUGCGCGCUUACCGCCACCUGAAGGCGCAGAGGGAGGCGGCCGCGGCCACGGCACGCGGUGGCGCGUGCUGACCUCUGGCGGCCUCUCGUGGCCAUGUCGGGGGGGGGGGGGGGUCGCCGGACGGGAGCAUGAGAAUGACCCCCACCCACCCCACCCACCCCUACGAUGCUCCGUGGGAAGGUGUUUAUUUAUUUUCUGUUUAGAAACGCCACGAUCGGGAUUUGAACGCGUUGGGGCGAUUCGUCGUUGGGAGAUUUUAAGUUGGGGAUGGAGCUGCACGGCCCGGCCGCAGGGGUCAGAGCCACCGUUGAGGGUCACAGGUUUGAACCCAGGUUUGAACCCGGGUUUCAGCCGUCCAUGGUGUUCAACUGGGUUCCUGUGUGUCGCGAGGUGGAGAGUCCUCAGCCUGGUCACCAAUAAAUGCACAAAAAAAAACCCCACUGUGUUUAACAUUGUGUUCAGGUUCAUGGCGUUAACCACAAUCCGAACGAGCCUGGAAAAUUGACGAAUUGUCACGAUUCGCAGUCUCGUUCGCGUCGUUUCUGUUUUUCAUCCUUUUUUAACUGAAAUUUUAAGCGGCAAUGCCUCAGCUCUGUAUGAGCGUUGCACUUUUAAAUCUCGAUUGAAAACUAAGUUCUUUAAAACUGCUUUUUGUCUUUAGUUUGUUUGUCCUUCCCCCGCACCUCUCCGAUGAGCACGUUUGGCUACAUAUGGUGCGAAGGAAGUUCACCACAUACAUACGUGGGGUUCACGAAAACCUUUGUACAGAUGACCCAACGUAAGUGAAAUUGUUGUGUAAAGUUGUGUUGCUGUUAGGAACUUGUACUCGAGAAAACCGACCACAUUGAGCAAAGGGUAGCGAACAAAAACCAGCGCUAAAUGGAUAAGCGCCUUUUCGGCCGAGGCGAAGACGCCACACUCGACAUCGCCUCCUAGUGCAGCUUGGGCAUCGUUAUUACAAAUGAUUAAGUACGUCCGAGAACACGCGCGCGUUGUGGAAGCGUUACGGAAUCCGUGCGUAUGCAAUGAUUUUGUUCCUGUUUCGCUCUCGUUUGUCCGUUCUCGUUCGCUCCCUUCGUCUAAACGUGACGUUGGCGACGAACCAUAAAGCAGUCCUUUUCUCUCA